CACUUCCUCCCUCGCGCAGCCUCGCACACUCUCACGGAACACGAGACGAGGAUCAGGUUAUUUUCAGAUAUGGAUUUGUACAACAUUACCCAUAACACUGGUGUUUGUGGAUGAGUUCUGGGGACUGUGACUGUGAAGGAGUUCGUAUUAUGGUGCGCUGAGGUGGUACGAGGCGGGACUCCUGGUGAUGGGAGCGCGUGGAGGUCGUGUGAGGAGGUAAAGAGGCCGCUGUGUGAGGUUAGCGGUGUGUGUGUGCCCACCUCCACCACACCUCGUAUAUACCCGUCACUCCUGCCACUCCACCAACUAGGGGCAGGUGGUCACUUCUCGCACCGUCGUAGGACCUGGGGGCGUCACACUAGAGAGGAAAGGAGGUGCAGGUGGCGGUGUAGGCAGUGGGUGUGGGGACACCUACCUACAACACCCCGCUGCUGGUCGUGUUUACACUUACACCCCGGCACACCCCACACUCACACACCUGAGUGCCUUGGUGUACACCUGUGCACUAACCCCCUUAACCCGCCACCCCACCCCCACACCACCACUCUAAACCCCCAAGCGGACCACUGGUGUCGGGGGUGCGGGCUGUAUGGCACGCUGAGGCCCGCCCCGCUGCUGUGUUGCUGCCAGUAUAGAUAUACGUGAAAGUGUAAGUGGUAUGUGCGGCAGCGGCUGCCAGUGUUUGUUGCUGUGAUGGCCGCAGUGUGGGUGUAGGAGGCAGACACUAGUGCGAGCUCGGGUGGAUUGGACACACGCGGGAAAAUGUCGGGGAGUGGGGGCACGUUUGUGGACAGGAUAGACCCCUUUGCCAAGCGGUCGCUGAAGAAGAAGCCGAAGAGGUCGCAGGGAUCGUCGCGGUAUCGGACCACCAACGAUGUGGAGCUACAGCCAUUGCCGUUACUUAAAGAUGUUCCGGGGUCAGAACAAGAGGACCUGUUCUUGCGCAAGCUUCGGCAGUGUUGUGUGGGCUUCGAUUUCCUCGACCCGGUGGCCGACCUGAAAGGGAAGGAGAUGAAACGUAGUACACUCAAUGAACUGGUGGACUACAUCACUGCAGGUCGAGGAGUCUUGACAGAGCCAGUGUAUCCAGAGAUAAUCCGAAUGAUUGCUUGCAACUUGUUCCGAACACUUCCUCCUUCGGAUAACCCAGAUUUUGAUCCUGAAGAGGAUGAUCCAACCCUAGAGGCCUCUUGGCCGCACCUGCAGCUGGUUUACGAGUUCUUCCUACGCUUCUUAGAGAGCCCAGACUUCCAGCCAGCUAUUGGCAAGAGAGUUAUAGAUCAGAAAUUUGUUUUACAGCUUUUGGAACUAUUUGAUAGUGAGGAUCCCCGAGAGAGAGACUUCCUCAAGACUGUCCUACAUAGGAUAUAUGGAAAGUUUCUGGGACUAAGAGCAUUCAUCAGAAAACAAAUAAACAAUAUUUUCCUUAGGUUUGUAUAUGAAACGGAACACUUCAAUGGUGUAGGAGAACUUCUAGAAAUUUUGGGAAGUAUAAUCAAUGGGUUUGCUCUACCACUCAAGGCAGAACAUAAGCAAUUUUUGAUCAAGGUGCUGAUUCCGCUGCACAAAGUGAAGUGCUUGAGUCUAUAUCAUGCGCAGCUGGCCUACUGUGUGGUGCAGUUUCUUGAGAAGGAUCCAACACUCACUGAGCCAGUCAUUAAGGGACUACUCAAAUUCUGGCCCAAAACUUGUAGUCAGAAGGAGGUAAUGUUUUUAGGGGAGAUAGAAGAAAUACUCGAUGUGAUAGAACCAUCACAGUUUGUCAAAAUACAAGAGCCACUGUUUAAGCAGAUAUCAAAGUGUGUUUCCAGUCCUCACUUCCAGGUUGCAGAGCGGGCACUCUAUUUCUGGAACAAUGAGUACAUCAUGAGUCUAAUAGAGGAAAAUUCAAAUGUGAUCCUGCCUAUAAUGUUUCCAGCACUCUACAGAAUUAGCAAGGAACACUGGAAUCAGACAAUUGUUGCGUUAGUCUACAAUGUGCUCAAGACUUUCAUGGAAAUGAACAGCAAGCUGUUUGAUGAACUUACAGCUUCUUAUAAGGCAGAGAGGCAAAGGGAGAAGAAACGUGAACGUGAGCGAGAUGAGCUAUGGAAGAAACUGCAAGCAUUAGAGUUGAAUCAUCAACAGCAGCAGCAGCAGCAACAACAACAGUGAGGACACAUGAAAUGUGUAGUGCCGACUCAUGGAGGUUCGCCCGUGAUGUGCCGUCUUGAUGGUCCGGGGCGCCAGUCCUACACCCUCCCUGGUGUCAUGUGGGCCUGAGGCUGGACCCUUAGGACAACCAUCAGCAAGCCCACAUGCAUGAAGGACAGAAUAUUUUAGUUUUGAAUGUAUUCUGGUCAUUAAAAAGAAGCCAUACGCAUAGCCGUGCAAAUUUUCUGAGUCAUAUUGUUUUAGAGAGGUAUUUGUAAGUACUGAAAGUGUUUGUGCCCUGGGUAACCUUUAGGGCACUGCUACCUGUUCCCAGGUACCAUCCGUGGGGGAAGUGUCGCAAGGAUAGAAUCGUAGGCUAUAUGUCUAUUCUGUAUGUAAUAUUUACUAUAUGGUAGCCCACAUGAAUUGAUAACCUUGUAAUAACUCUAUAGGAGAGACUGUGAGAGGAGAAUGUGGUGUGAUACGGUGCUGUCUGGCCUGGAGGAAAUCCCAACAAAAGUGGCAUGUAAACGUCCCAGGAGACAUGGACCAGCUCGCUGCUCCCUAUGGGGGCUGUGAUAUGCUCACCAGUUCCUCACUAGGAUUUUAUUCAAAUUGAAUUAUUUGCAUUUGAUUUUCUGCAUAGGUAUUGGGCCUAAUUCUGGGUUAUGAUUUACUUUACUGGACUUUUUUUUAAUCUGCUGUUAUUGGUAGGCCAAUUGUUGUGUUUUGGAGAGGGCUUUUAAUAUUGAACUGAUCAGCAGGUUGUUCAGGUCACAAAAAUAAAUUUGUGAUUGUAGUUUACUUUGCAUUAGUUAGGAGAUAGUAUAUGUCAUUGCCCAAGUUUGAUUCAUGCAAACCACAUUAUGUCUCCUCUGUCUGUGAAGGUAGUCAUCCCUUCCUCUCAUGAUUGUACAUAGGUUGAGAGUCUGUGUGCACCAGUUCUUGAUACUAUUAAUAGCCAUUGUGUUGUGGCCCACAUAGUCAUUGGGAAAAUGAACAAAAAGAAACAGGACUUGGUCUUGAUUUGGCAAUGUCUAGUCAUCCCCAUAUGUGUGGACUUGGGGCGACGAGGCCUCACCGUUUUGUAGUCUAGUUUAUGUGGAUGAUUUCACUUGCUUCCUGUUGUGCCCUGUGUUGCUAGCUGAUUAGCUGGUCGGGCAGCACUGGCCCCACUGGUCAGUGGACCGGGCAGCCAUCUGCAAGCUGCCUACCAUCACUCUCAGUGUUCCCUCUACUGGGUAUAACCUCUCCCCCUUUUUUUUUUUUAGGAAGUGCAUUUUUUCCUGUGAGUGGGAGUUUACGUGUGCUCUCAUUAUUAAUUUAUGCAACCAGUACCAGUGUUUAGUGGAAGGGGUGUGUAGAGGCUCAAACAACAAGAUGUCUGGCUGGCCUAAUUGAAAGACUAUACCAAGCGUUAAAUGCAGUGCAAUAGUGUGAUGCAUGGACAAACCGUUGGUGGCCCCCAAACAAAGGGACAAUGUGCUUGCGUGCAGGUGGUGUCUUGUGCAGAUGCCUGCCUAGGUGAACAAGAAAAUCAUUAUCAUCCCAAGGAACCAUAGUGUGCACUGCUCCCCGUGCUGUCUAAAGUGUGCGUACCAAUCUGGCAACAUUAAUACAUUGAACUGUAGUGCACAACCAGCUGGACUAAACUGUACUUCCAACUCUUGUAAUGAAGAUCCUCAGAAAAUGUGACCCUAGAAGUGUUCACCUUUACCAACCAAAGAAUCCUUCAUUGAUAUCAACUUCAGUUUCUUGUUAUUAACCCAUUGCAGACACACACAUCAUUUGAUGCCAUCAUCCAGGGAGCCCCGUCACAUUCUACAACCACUCUACUACUGCCAUCUCCAUGAGGGACACACACUGCUGAUGAUAUUGGCCACCACUGCACCAUUAUGGUGGCAGCAAUCUCUGGGACUCAUACAAUACCCAUUUUUAUUCUCAGUAUCAAGAAACUUCACACUUGCCACCUUCACCCAUGGUAACCAUAAUAUUGACCAGCUUGAUUUUGACAUUUCAGUUUGUGGACAUUAAAUUGCCAGCUUGAAUGAUCCAUAUGGUGCACUAUCAAGUUAUCAAUACCCCAAGGCUUGUGAUAUGGGCCUUACUGGCCGUGUAUAUUCUCAAAAUGCGUUCAUCAUUUGGUAAUUGAUGUGAGUGAUAAUUUACUUGCACCUAUUGUAUAGGGAACCAUUAAUGUGCACUUAAAUUACCAUAAGCUGAUAGAUUUGAGGCAACACAACCCAGGAGACCUUGUACAGUGAACAGGCCAAUUCCAACUGGUACACAAGUGACUCAGAGGUUGCCAUAGGACUGCAGACCAACUGGGACCCCCAGGAACCAGGUGGUGUUCACCUGCCCCUUCCAUGUUCUUGAUGGGCAUCAAGGCACCUGCACAAAUCAACCAAUCUAUUUUCAGUUAAGCUUGUAUACAUUGUACAGUCAACUUUGAAAUGUAAUCCUGAUGAUAAGUCUAUGCUAGGAAUGUGAUGAGAUUGUUGGGAAAAAAAUUGGACACAUCCAACUUGAGGUGUGUGAACACUUUGUAUGUAUGUCACACAUGAUGUAGACUUAGCCUUUGCCACAUGCUUUACUUCUGCCUUGUAUGUUUGUAAAUUUAACUGUACAUGUACAUACACCUGAAGCAGAGUAGGGUGUGGGUGUGGCAGCCUGCUCAGGGUCCAGAUCAGACCUGAUCUAAACCUUUAAACAAUUUUUUUCUGUUAUUGAUUGUAUUUUAUUUUUGUUUUCUUUUAUUUCUUUCAGCUAAGCUGCAAUGUGAUUUGUUUAAAGCCCUUGCUAAUUUAAUUUAUGAUGAAGCAAAAGUAAUAAUAAUAUUAACCUGUGCUUUUAGGAAGACCCGUAGCUUCCUCUGGAGUCUCAUCACUUGUGGCUGCUGGAGCAGUGAUAAUUCCUUCUAAUUUUUGGUGGGCAGGCCAGUGCUGAUGGAUCUUAUCCUGGGGGUAGCAUUAGCAAGGGAUUCAUGAAGGUGGUGGUGGUGGAGUAAAAAUUAUUAAUGGGCUGUCUUGUGUGUGUAUAUAUGUGGAUUAAAUUUUAAGGGGUGUGACAAGUUUGGCUGAAGCUUUUCAAGUGACCAGUACAUGGUUGGAGCACAUAUCAUGAAACUGAAAAUAAAUCCAUAUAUGAAGUGGAUGACAUUGAUGUAGUUGUCUGUUAAAAAGAGGAGGGUGUCAGUGUUAAUUGUGCUCUGUGGAGUGGCUGAUAGAAUGUGGAUAUAAAGACAUUUCAUCAUUUUGGUGAAGGGGCUGAUAGAGAGGUGUAGGAAGUUUGUAAUGGAGGGACAGAGAUGGACUCUAGUAGGCUGCUGCCUCAGCUUCACAAUGGCAUUCUCUGGGUUGCAUCUUUCACUUGUGGAGAUGUGAUAUUUUAAUACUGCUUUUUCUGUAUGGAACUUGUUCUGUUAUUUCUAUUUCCUGUAGACUAGAUAGUGCCAACAUGAUGCAGUAGCAUUAUGCAGCUAGGGACUCACAGCCACUGUUAAGUGCCAGCUUGGAGACUUGGCGGUGUUGGUGUUCCUCUGGGCUGUGUCCUCCCAGGGCCCAGUACUGCCUGUUGUGAGCCACAUGUCCGUCGCCUCGUCAGUCAGUGAAGCAGCAGCAACAUCGCCUCAACAUUUUUAACUCCAAUCAGACUGGGAUGUUAAAAUUAAGUAAUACCGUUAUUGUAAUCUUCAUAACUUUCUGUUCACAUACUGUAAAGCAAGACAAUAAAGAACUUAAAAGUUGUCUUGUGUGUGUUUUCAUCUGUUUAGAAAUACAGGUAUUAUAAAUGUGAAACAGUGGAGUUUGGAUGCCUAGAUUGAAAUAAAUUGAUGCAAAAUUA